UGAUCGUUGAUGCUGGGAAAACGUUGCAUUAAGCAAAUUUUCUCCUCACUCUGAUCAUAAACCCUAAUUUUUUAUUCCUUUCUAAAUUCCCAAUUUUAAUCGUCAUACCGCUUUAGAUCUUACUGGUUUAAAGGGCAUAUAUUCUUUCCUCAUCUUCUCCAUUUAUGCGAGUCCACUUUCUUCAAUUUCUUCUCACAAGAAACACGCGACUUUGUACUUGUUGAUCAACAGGGUGAAAGGACAGGAAAUUUUAGGGUUGGCGUGAUCAAGGAGAAUCUAUUUGUGCUACAGCUAUAAAAAUGGAGAAAGUGAUGAAUAUCUUGAAGCCCAAACCCAAUCCGCAGCAGUUGUUGAGAGAUUGGCAGCGUCGCCUCCGUCAGGAGUGCCGCAAUGUAGAGCGCCAAAUCCGAGAUAUCGAAAGAGAAGAGAAGAAUGUACAGAAAGCCAUCAAGGAGGCCGCCAAAAGAAACGACAUGGGUUCUGCUAAGGCACUUGCUAAAGAACUUGUGCGUUCUAGAAAAACUGUUAAUCGUCUCCAUGAAAACAAAGCACAGUUGAAUUCGAUUUCAAUGCAUCUUGGAGAAAGUGUAGCGGUUGCUCGAACUGUUGGACAUCUCUCGAAAAGUGCUGAAGUCAUGAAGCUUGUCAAUAAUCUUAUGAAAGCUCCACAAAUAGCUGUGACUAUGCAAGAAUUCAGUAAAGAAAUGACCAAGGCCGGUGUGAUUGAAGAGAUGGUGAAUGAUGCUGUAGAUGACGCGCUCGAUUCAGAAGACAUUGAAGAGGAAACAGAGGAAGAAAUCGACAAGGUACUGACAGCUAUUGCCGGAGAGACUGCUGCACAGCUUCCAGAAGCUAGAAGGAAUGAGAAACUAAAGCAGCCGGCUACAGCCGAAGAAGUCGAGGAAAAUGUCGACGAUGAGGAAGAGAUGGAAGCAAUACGAGCCCGUCUUGCCAAGGUUCGAUCUUAAUUUACUCCUUUGUUGCCAACCAAUCUACAAUGCUAUUAUUACGACAAAUUUAUGCAUCGUACACAAAAAUGCAUAAUCUUUGAAUCGAUGUGGUCGUGACAUGUUGUUGAGAUAAUUGUAUUAUUAAAUGUUUGAUGAUCGUAUCGUAUAGAUUUGGUGUGUGGCUGCUCGAUGAGGAGAGACUUAGGCUGCGUUUAGAUA